AGAUUACAAGGAUCAUUAAAUAGGACAGGUCAUAAGUGCUAUAAAUCAAGUCUCCUCCCCUCUCCUCUCCUCCUCUGUUCUGCAUGGAAAUGUGUGUCAACUGCAACAACGUUUUCUUCCUUCUCCACCAAUAAAUUAAACUUCCUCAUCAUCAGAUUUAUUUUCCACCAUGCUUAGAUCAUUAGCCAGGCACUUCAAGUUUGCUACCAAUGAUUUUUGCAGUAAGAAUCUAAGAUUUUACUCUGCACAACCAGAUGGUUCCGCCACAACAAGGUUACAAGGCAAAGUAGCCUUAAUCACGGGAGGUGCAAGUGGGCUUGGCAAGGCCACCGCCAUUGAGUUCGUAAAAAAUGGAGCCCAUGUCAUUAUUGCAGACAUCGAUCCACAAGUAGGCCAAGAAGCUGCAAAUGCCUUGGGCCCUUCAGCCCGUUUUGUGCAAUGUGAUGUGACGAUGGAGUCCCAAGUAGCAGAAGCUGUACAAGUGGCGAUGGAACAACAUGGAAAACUGGAUAUAAUGUUCAACAACGCAGGCAUAGCAGGGCAGGCAUUCCCGCCCAGCAUUGCAGAGCUUGACCUAGAGGAAUUCGAUAGGGUAAUGCGGAUCAACGUUCGAGGCAUGGUGGCGGGGAUAAAGCAUGCUGCCCGAGUGAUGGUUCCUGUGGGAUCGGGGUCUAUUCUUUGCACGUCAAGCAUAAGUGGGCUUAUGGGUGGGCUUGGGCCACACCCCUACACAAUAGCAAAAUUCACAAUCCCUGGCAUCGUUAAGUCCGUAGCCAGCGAACUAUGCCAGACAGGGGUGAGGAUAAACUGCAUAUCACCUGCUCCAAUACCAACACCAAUGGUGAUACGUCAAAUAGCUGAAAUAUACCAAGGUAUUCCCAAGGAGAAGGUGGUUGAGAUUAUAAAUGGGGUGGGAGAGCUGAAAGGGGCGAAAUGUGAAGAGAUAGAUGUGGCAAAGGCUGCACUCUACUUGGCCUCCGAUGAAGCCAAGUAUGUAACAGGUCAUAACUUGGUUGUUGAUGGAGGCUUCACCAGCUUCAAGAAUCUUACUUUCCCUUCUCUAUCAUCCUGACCUCAUCAUUUUCAUCCCUUUUCCUUUGCCUUCUUCUUUCAUUGUUAUCAAAAACUAAUAAAUCAGCUUUUGUUGCAUUGGAUGCAUAUAUGGCUAUAUAGCCAUCAAUGUUUUUAGCA